AUGGUUAAAGAAACUUUUUAUUAUGACACCUUAGGUAUUAAGCCCACUGCCAAUGAUGUCCAAUUGAUGAAAGCUUAUCGUGAGAAAGCUAUUCAACUUCAACGAGAAAAGAGAAAUGAAGAUCCCAAAGCUGCAGAAAAAAUAAAAAACCUUGACUUAGCUUACUUCAUCUUGAAAGAUACCGACAAAAGAAAACUUUAUGAUGAGAUGGGUGAUAAAGGGGUAUCAGAUUUGGAUAAGCAGAGUGAUAUCAAGGUUCUCCCUCAUGAACUCGCCUUUAUCAAAUAUGCUGGUAAUCCAUUUGAGACGUUCAUUGGUGAACUUUCCAUGGUAAACAAUGUUCGUAUUAUCAACGAAAUGGCUAAAGGGGAAGAGGGUGACAAAUUCAAGUACUCUCUACCUUCUAAACAUAUUCAUAUGAUUCAAAAUGAAAGAGAAAAGCAAGUGGCUAAGAAUUUGAUCAGCAAGUUAGACAAGUACGCCAAAGCUGACGGUAAUCCUGCAGCUUUGAAGUCAUUUGAAAAGGAAAUUAUUGAUGAGGCAAAACCAUCAAUUUAUGGAUCUAUGGAAAUCGUAUUAUUACAUUUGAUUGGAGAAUGCUAUAGAGAUUGUGGCAGUGACAAAAUAUCUGCGUUGAAAUCUCUUGGGAUGUCUAAAGUAUUUGGAAAGAAGAAGUUGACGACAAGCACCAAGAAGAUGGCUGAAUCUGCGGUCCAAAGUCUCGUUGUCAUCCAGACUAGUGUGCAAAUGAUGUGUGGUCAGCAAGAAUUAAUGACAAGUGGUGAGAAACACGAUGAUAGUAUACCAACGAUGUUCCAACUAGAAGAAUCAGAGAAGUUUUUAGCCAAAACUGGUUUAAAUAGCUCUCUCAUUUUAGAUUCAUAUGAUGUUAUAAAAGUAAUGGAUUCGGUAUGUAAGAUAUUAUUCAAUGAUAAAUCUUUGGGGAAGAAACAAAUCACUAUGAGAGCCAAAGGACUUAAAUUUAUUGGUGAAUCCAUGCUUAAAAUCGACAGAUCUAGUACAGAAUCAGAAGAUGCUUCUCUUUUUGAAGAGUUCAUGGUAGAACACAGUCCUAUGAAUGACCAACUGAGAUUAGUCUAUCUAGCUGCUAUGCAAACCAUUUUUGAAGAUCUAGCCGUGAGACAUGCCGACACUUUUGAAUAA